AUGCCGCCAGCUAGUGUUCUGAGAGUGGUGUACGUCGUCGCAGGGUUGGUGUGUGUUUUCGGCAACAGCGUCAUUCACAUCGAAGAAGAGAACUGGAGACAAUUGCUGACCAAAGAAUGGAUGGUCGAAUUGUAAGU